AUGUCGGAACUCGAAGAAAACGCUGACCUCGCUGAACUCCUCCUUCUCCUCAGGAGGAUGCCGAUGGAGAACAUCUCUGGUAUUUUGAACACGAGCCUGCCCACCCCAGGGGCAGUAACUCCAUAUUCCUCCGCUCAUGCUCUCAGCUUAGCGGCGCCCACGGCGAUGAUGAUCGACAGGAUUGUAACACCGGUAUGGUACAUCAUCGGCGCUAUAGGAAACCCCAUUACUAUGAAGAUAUGGCUUUCUCGAAGAAUGCGGGAGUCAAAUUCAUCAGCGAUUUACAUUGGAUCAAUUGCAGUCGUGCAUUUCAUUUUCAUUUGGCUGCAUCUGCUAAUUGAGUUACAUCUAGCAUGGGAUAUGAAGACGAUAAACAGACCAACAAUAUGUGAAAUAUUUAACUUCCUGUACAUAACACCUCAGUAUCUUGCUCCGCUGCUCAUUCUUGGUUUCACAACAGAACGAUAUAUAGCCGUCUGUUUACCUUUCAAGAAGGAAAAGUAUUGCACAGUCCAGCGAGCUUGUGCGAUCGUGUUCGUGUUAACAAUAUUUUCAUUAUGUCUUGGUUCUGUCCAGGCAUACAUUUGGACGUACAACAAAGAGCGCGAUCUAUGUUAUUUUCGACCCGGCGUGCGACCCUUUUACGUCGUGUGGACAUGGAUCUCGGAAAUGCUCAUAUUUGCAGUCGUCCCUCUGGCAGUUCUAGUGUUCAAUAUACUGGUCAUACGUGAAAUAAGGCACUUGACUCAACGCGCGUCUCUCCGGAUGCAUAGAGACAGCAAUGGACGAGGGAACGCACACCAAACAUCAACGUUAACUCUCCUGACUGUGUCCUUCUAUCUUAUCUGCACGCUUCUCCCUGCAACAAUUGUAUAUACCAUGCAGUCUGUCAUUCCAACUGGGGACCAUACAAUACGUAUUGAGGAAUGGGCCUCGGAUCCGAAGUGGCAAAGAUAUCUAUCCUACUUUACCAUUCGGAAAGUUGUGGAGGAGAUAUGUUUUUCCAACUAUGCGUGUUAUAUUUUUAUUUAUUAUAUAACAGGAUCUUACUUCAGAGGGGAAGUUCAUAAGCUUUUGUGUUUUCAAAACUGUAGGAAAGGACCCGGAGUUCAGAGACAAAGUUUUUCAAAGUCAUCAAAGAAUCCUGAACAGUACACAUUGGUUUCGACAAAUGGAAAACAUGAUCAGACACAGACCACAAUGAUCUGAAAAGGAAGAUUUCAUGUUCUUUAAACGAUUUAUAAGCAUGUUGUUCAUGUAACUGAAAUUUCAUUUUCAUUGCCUUUGUAGCGAUAAAAAAUGUUUAUUUAUUUAUUUGUAAAU